CUCACUUGGAAUCCAAAAAAUUAUUCUAACAUUUCUGUAAUGCAUUUUACCAUCGACGAAAUCUGGCAUCCCGACAUAUCUGUCUAUUCUAGUAUACCAGUGACCGAAUUAGCUCCUACUUUCCAGACGAAUGCUCUUUCUUUUAACUCUGGAAUGGUUCUAUGGGUUCCACCUGCAACCAUAUAUUCAUUUUGUAAAAUCGAUUAUAAUGAUUAUCCUAACGAUAUCCAAGAAUGCAACAUUACUUUUGGAUCAUGGACCCAUCACGGAUUAGCUCUAGAUUUGGAGAUUUUAGACAGCGGAUUAAGUAUGGAGAACUUUCAUAAUUCAAAUCCCGAAUGGUUUGUAAUAAAUGCGUCUGUACACAGGAGGAUUCAGUAUUACGAUUGUUGCUUGGAACCAUACCCGAGCAUUGUAACGACGUUUAAACUUAAGAGGAAACAUUAUUCCGAUCCCGGUUUAAUAAUUUGGGGUCCUUCUCUAAUUGCAAUUUUCUUCACGCUAAUCAUGUUUUGGUUACCUUCUAAUUCGUUGCACAAAUUCAUUUUGGGAUGCACUUCGCUAAUGGUUCUAACUGUUAUGCUAUUGUACGUUGGAGAAACACGUUCUUCUUCUGUCCCGUCCGUAUUAACAGCUCGUAGCAUCCAUUCUACCAUGUUUAUUGUUGCAUCUGCGAUGUUGAUGGAGAUCAUCAUUGUUAACUUAGGAAGAAUUGCUGGAACUUUUCGGCCUCCUACCAUAUUAACCUAUUGGUUAUCGGGGAUGAUUGGAAAGAUUAUGUUGAUAUGCAUACCUAAAAAACGAUUCGGAUUUGUACACAAAAUGGAAGACACUCAAGAUAACGAAGAAGAAUUACCAUCGGAAGAUUACAGGGAAGAAUGGUUAUUGGUAGCCACAGCCUUAGAUAGAAUUUGUUUUGUUAUCUACCUUCUAGUCUUUAUUGUUCAGAAAAAUGCAUAAAAAAAUUAAAUUAAUCUCACGAAUAUAAAUUUUUAAUGACAGCUUAUUAAUUUGUAAAAAAGAUAUCU